UGUGUACGUAUGUAUAUGUGUGUGUAUAUGUAUAAACAUAAAUAAAGAAACAAAGAAAACUAUAAUAAUAACCAAAAAAAAAGAAGAAAAGAAAAAAUGAAAGAGGAAAAUAAAGGGAUGAUCGAUAUCAAGCGUUAAUGUAAGUACUAGCCGAGUUUUUCGUGAGUGAAAGAGUUGGGGACAUUAAACCUAGCAGAUGUUCACCUUUAAAUGAAAAUGGAUCGGCAUUAGUUACUCGUGACGUUAAAUGCGAAUCAGGAUUAAUUUCCGUGCGGUUCGGUGUUAACGACGAACGAAGAGGAGGGAAGAAGAUCGAAUGGAGAUCGAACUAAAAAUGAUCACGGUGUCUAUUUUCUUGCUGCUCGUCAACUUCUAUCAACUUCUCGAGGUCUCGCUGUAACGAGUGGAUUUCGGUCAUCGGCUUCAUUAAUAAACUAUCUGGGUCAAUUAAAAAAUGUCAGCCGACGUGAAAGCUGGUCAACCUACAGUGCCAACUAUUUCUCAAUCUAAAAGGCCUACCGUUUUAGUCUAUCCUACAGUAACCCCAGAGAGCAUUAUUAUUCCCAUUGUAUCUUGCAUACUUGGGUUUCCAUUACUGGCUUUAAUGGUAAUCUGCUGCUUAAGAAGAAGAGCUAAAUUGGCAAGAGAACGUGCGAGAAGAAGAAAUUGUGAUUUGGAUCAUGGCGCCCUUAGUUUAGUGCGUUUUAGUCCGGUUCAUCGUUUAGCUGGCGUUGAUCGCCCAACGAGAACCGUAUCCUUGAAAAGUGAUCGUGGAUCAAGAACAUUUCCAUCGUUAGAACUGGAUACCGUUGUCGAGGAACGAUCUGAUCCUGAGCAAAGUACUGCAUUGGAAUUGAGUAGUCCUGACUAG